GUCGCUUUUUACGAGUGGAAAAUGGAAUAGAAAAGAUCCACCUAUCACUCACUACUUAAACAGUCCAAGAACACGACUAAACACUAAACAUGUCUUGUAAUUAAUCAAAGACGAAAGGAGGAAACAAAAAUGAAACCUUUCUCUCAAUUUUUCGUAUUUGUGGUUACCGUUUCCGCGACAAGCUACAUUGAUGCCUUCACUAGAAACGAUUUUCCAAAUGAUUUCCUCUUCGGAGCCGCCACUUCUGCUUACCAAUGGGAAGGAGCUUUUGAUGAAGACGGAAAAUCUCCUAGCGUCUGGGAUACAACCUCCCACUGUGAUAGUGGAAGUAAUAAUGGAGAUAUAGCAUGUGAUGGGUAUCACAAAUACAAGGAAGAUGUUAUGUUGAUGGCAGAAAUGGGCUUAGAAUCAUUCAGAUUCUCUAUCUCCUGGUCAAGACUUAUACCUAAUGGAAGAGGACGCAUUAACCCAAAAGGUCUAUUGUUUUACAAGAAUCUCAUCAAAGAGCUACGAAGCCAUGGAAUUGAACCACAGGUUACACUUUACCAUUAUGAUCUUCCUCAGUCUCUGGAAGAUGAGUAUGGAGGAUGGAUCAACCGCAAAAUCAUAGAAGACUUCACUGCUUUUGCAGAUGUAUGCUUCAGAGAGUUUGGGGAGGAUGUGAAGUUAUGGACUAAAAUCAACGAAGCUACUUUAUUCGCCAUUGGUUCUUAUGGCGACGGAAUGAGGUAUGGACAUUGUCCUCCUAUGAAUUACUCUACCGCAAAUGUUUGUACGGAAACAUAUAUUGCAGGCCAUAACAUGUUGCUAGCUCACUCCUCUGCUUCAAAUUUGUAUAAACUGAAGUACAAGACUAAGCAAAGAGGAUCCGUAGGCCUUAGUAUAUAUGCUUAUGGGCUAUCUCCUUAUACGGACUCCAAGGACGAUGAAACCGCAACUGAAAGAGCUGAAGCUUUCCUCUUUGGCUGGAUGUUAAAGCCUUUGGUAGUUGGGGAUUAUCCGGAUAUAAUGAAGAGAACCUUGGGGUCGAGAUUACCGGUUUUCUCAGAAGAAGAGUCAAAACAAGUGAAAGGAUCAUCUGACUUUGUAGGAGUUGUACACUACAACACAUUCUAUGUCACAAACCGACCCGCACCUUCUCUCGUUACCAGCAUUAACAAACUCUUCUUUGCAGACAUUGGCGCAUAUCUGAUCGCCGCUGGGAAUGCUUCAUUAUUCGAGUUUGAUGCUGUUCCAUGGGGUCUGGAAGGUAUUCUUCAGCAUAUAAAGCAGAGCUAUAACAAUCCUCCAAUCUACAUUCUUGAAAAUGGUAAACCGAUGAAACAUGGUUCAACGCUACAAGACACACCAAGAGCUGAAUUCAUUCAAGCUUACAUUGGUGCUGUGCACAACGCCAUCACGUAAAAGAACUCUCCUUCUUCAUCUUCAAGUUCAUCAUACUAGCAUUGAUCGACUUUAUUCCUGACAAAUAUUUUGACUGAUCAGGAAUGGAUCGGACACGAGAGGUUACUUUGUAUGGUCGAUGAUUGAUUUGUAUGAGUUAAUAGGUAGAUAUAUGACCAGCUAUGGAAUGUACUAUGUGAAUUUCAGUGAUCCUGGUCGCAAGAGGUCUCCAAAGCUCUCUGCUUCUUGGUACACUGGUUUCCUCAAUGGUACUAUUGAUGUUGCUUCUCAAGAUACUAUUCAGUUGCAGAGAAAAUGCUCAGGCUCUUCGUCCUUGUAAUCUAUUUAACUAAAUCAUCCUAGUUUUGUUUGGUUUUCAUUUCAUCUAUCGUAUGAAAAAAAACUCAGUGGUUUGAUAAGAUUUGGAUAUGAAUAAUGAAACUGUCUUGUGAUUUUUGUCGGUCAUCAUAAGAUUUGGAUAUGAAUAUUGUUUUGUUAUUUUCCGAAAUUUGUUUUUA